AGCAGGGCUGUGUCCUGCCAGCAGAUUAGCCUUGGGCGUGUAAUUGGCUCAGUGGCUGAGCAUAAAGCGCAGGGAAAGCAGAGGGAAAAAGCAGUCCUGUCCUGUCGGGACAGACUUAGGGGGGCCCAGGAGUCUGGGCAGCGGCGGGCAGGAUCUGGAGAGAAGGAACAAGUCACCACUACGGACAGGUGUGUUGGACCUAAGACAAGUCUCAUUUCAUCCCCCAGAUGACUACUGAGACUUUGUCACUGCCUCCCCCUGCUACCGGGGUUUGCCACAGAAACCAGGAGAGCUCUGAGGUGGGCAUAUUUGGGGACAUGGUGGAGAGCAAGGACAUGGCAGAGAAUCUCUCCAUAACCACUACACCAGAGGAUUCUUUGCUUGCCCCACUGGAUGGUACCAACAGUUCCCUUGCCAAAGACCAGGCACGGGAAGAGUCGCCCUCCUCAAUACAGGAUGAUGAUGAAGUUGAGAAGGCCACCCCUUCUCUCACCAUGGCUUCUGAAGACGUUAAAAUAGCAGAUGAUGUGAACCAGUCAAGCCAAGAGCAGGAUGAUGGCCUCUCUGCUCAUCAAGAGACAACAGCAGAACUCUCCACAGAACAACUGAAAGCAGAAGAUACUUUGAACUUGUUGGUUGAAGAGGAAGAUGGCAGCCAUCCUGAGUGUCACACUGAGCAACUGGAUGUUUUCUCAGAGCCACAGAGUAUUAUGGGAUACUCAGUGUUGGAGAGGAAAGAGGAAGAGGUUGAGGAAGAGGAGCAGGGCAAGCAACACCACUAUCAUAGCGAAGAUCCAACUGUGCCUGCUGAUUCUCUGGAACAGAUGGAAAUUAUCCAAGACACAAACAGUGACCCUCUUGUUCACCAUCACAGUUCCUCAGAUGUUCCUCCAGAGCAACAGAAGUCUAAUAAUCCCUCAAGUCAUCUGGAUGAAAAUGAGGGAAGUGAAAUCGUGGGAGAUAGGCAUGACCAAACACCUGAGAUGUGUCCAGGAUCUCCAGAGAAACCAGAACUUGCCAGUAGCCCCAGACAAGAUAUGGACAGCCAGGGGAACAGCCAAAUUGACUGUGCUGCUGUGUCUUCAUCCGAGUCUCCCAAGGGAUCGUUGAUGGACACAUAUUCACCCAAGGACCCAGGAGAUGGAGACUCUUUUGGCUUCCCUAGCAAUCUGUCUCCCAGUCCUGCUUCUCCAAUUGAGUCUGAAGAGACAUGUCCUCCUGAAAAUCUUCACAAAGACAUGAAGUCAGACUGUCAAGGAAGUACAGAGAAUGACAGUGAAGAAAGGGCAGCAACUGAACAGGUACCGCAACCACAACAGGAUGAGGAAUCUGAGAGUAAACAGUCUUUACAGACUGGCUCAGGUAACAAUCUCCUGGCAAAAGAGGAGGAAGUUGCCCAAGACUCUGCUUGUACCUCAGCGGCACCUUCUGUGGCGUUAGCAGACUCUCUGCCAGAUGCUGACCCACAUUGCCAGCAGAUGGCAGCAGGCACAGGUUCUUCCGACACGGCUGCCCAGGCUGUGCCAACACAGUCUCCUGUGGCAACCGGGAUCUUUGGACCUGCCCAGCAGGGCCUGCCUGCUGCAUGCGACCAGGAAGGACUGGCUCUUUGUGAGCCAAGUAGAGCUGGCAACAACAGCAAACCCCAGAGUGAGGCUAGAGCUGAAGCUGUGCUGGAGUCUGAGAACAAGAGUGAGGAAGCAACUGGGGACGCUGGGUCUGAAGAAGCCAUCAGAGAACCAGAGGGGGUAAAGGAUCUCUCAGAGGUGGAAAACCUGGCCAGCGAUCCUCCGCAUUUAGAAAGUCCAUCAACAGAAACUGAUCCAGUUUGUCCAGCAGAGACCAUGGUUCUAGCGAGCACGGAAGAUCCACAUGAAGCCAGGGAUCAGGCAGGCUCUCAAAGUAUGACCAGGGCUGCAUUUCCCGUUGCCGUUCCAACGCAUGAUGGUUCUGAUCCAACCUCUGCAGAACAAAUGCUGCUAGAUGCUAGAGAUCCUGCAAAAGGUGAAGAGGCAUUGAGUGCUGCGGAGUCAACUUGUACCAUACCCAGUUCGGACGAACCUUCUACAAUGGGCAGCUUAGAUGGCCCCACAAACUGGAUAAGGAAUGCCUCCGGCCAUCCAGAGACCCCAAUUGAGCGGGAGAUCCGUCUCCAUCUGGAACGAGAAGAGCUUCUGCGCCGGGAGCGGGGUCUGGCCAGCCUUCGGGGCACCCAGGAGUAUGUGGAGGUGCGCAUCAGACCUUUUCUGAACCAAAGCGGGACAUUGCCCAAAGAGAAGGAGCGGCAAUGGGCCGGGGCCCAGAUGCAGCGAGAGAUCCAGCGGGAAUGUCGGCGGGAAGAGGACCUGGUGCAGCUGGGCAAGGUGAGGGGGGCCUAUGACCGGGGAACACCACAGGAGCUUCAGGAGAAGAAGAUGAUGUUCGAGCAGCACACCAACCCAGAGUCUUUCACCCCCAGGAAGCCGGCAUGUAGCAGUGCCGAAGGGACAAAGGGGCCUUCUUUUGCCGAGGCCAGCCGUGCCACCAAUAUGGUCAUCCUGGACUCAGAGGUUCUGCUCCGACCUCAGCAACCCCCAUCGGGGAGGGCCAGCCCCACAGGCAACCCCUUCUUCUGCUUGCGUGCCAAAAGUCCCCAGUCUCUGCUGGAGCAGGAAGUUCUGGAGGCCCAAGAACGAGAGCGGGAGCUGCAGAGGCAGAGGUACAGCCUGUAUGGCUCCGUUUCACCCUGCCAGGCAUCAGAGACCUCAGAGCAGGGGGAGAAGGAGGCCCCAACACAGCCAGAAAGACCUUCCUGCAAGAAGCUGGAGGUGACAUGGCCUCCACCAACCUCUUCUGAGACUUCCCAUGUGAAUGGGCUCCACCAGUCAGAGAAAAGUCCUCGAAUCCUUCGUCGCCAGAGGAGUGCCUUAAUCGAACGCUGGGAGUCAGGGGCCGUUGGCAACCAGGAGGAUGAAGAUUAGAGACAUUUUCUCAGCAAGAAGCAGCAGCGGUUCGCAUCUCCAUGGCGGACCUGGGGGGAGCUUCCCCAUUCCUAUGCAAGGACGUACUACCAGAGCCAACUAUGUUUUCCUUUCACUCAGCCUUUUGAUUUGACUUUCCCCAAAAAAACAUAUCUGCAGGGCGAUUGUGGGAUGGAACUAUGUUUGUAAUAGGCUGUCUUCUUCCAAACUUUUUCUAUGGAAUGAGGAGAAGGGAUGAAUGGGUAGGCUUCAAGUGCACAAAGCUUGACUAUGUGCGAGUGUUACAUUUCAAGGUGGAUUCAUUCCAAGUGCUUUUCACAUUCAGCUCCAUGCUAGGUUUUCCUUGGCUCUGACCUGUAUUAGUCAGACACUCUGCAAGAGAUUUAUGGGUGCAUCCAUACAGGAGGCACAUGCCCAAAGAGGCACUGUUAGGCACACUCUUAGGAUGUCUGGAUUCAUAAAAGAGGGCAGACAUUAGGGAAUGUUACUUUUUGAACUUCAACUCCCAGAAUCUCCCCAUCCCACUUCUGGUUGGGGAUUCUGGAAACUAUAGUCUAAUAAAUAUCCUCACUAAGCACUUGAGCUGUGCCUGCAACUCCCAUCCCAGCAGAAUAUUUUUGUAUUGGGGAAAUUCACUGGUUACAGAGGACCAAUAGUUUUUGCAGAUAUAUGUCUCAGAAGAUUGCAGGAAGUUACACUUUGGAGUAUAACUCCCAGAAUCCUUAGGUAAGGAAUUCUGUGUGUUGCAGUCAGGAAAGGAUUUCUCACUGCCAGCCCUGGUCCCUGUGACUGAGUACUACUUCCAAUAAGACCUUUCCAUCUUUCUGUAUGAUAAAUUUGACAUGCUUUUUCCUUUGAGUAUUUAACUCUGAGACCAAAACAAAAUAUGUCUUAUAAGAACCACAGACUACAGAUAGCAAUGUGCUCCAUAUUUUCACUGGGCAAAAAGUGAUUGUCUCAUAGAGUAUGCUCUGCCUCAGAUUUUUUUUAAUUCAUCAAAACUAGAAUCCUUCAGUUAAAAGAGAUGCUUGAUUUCGCGUAUUUCAGUCAGAAUUAAACACCAUUAAAAAAGGAGCGACUCCAAA